CUCGACAGUUGAGUUAAAGGCUGAAGUGCAGGUUGGGCUGGAAUCAGCGAUUAGUUCAUGUGGACGCAGAAAGCAGAGAGAUGUGGUGGGUUCUGUGGGUGCUUGCCACCUUAGUGGCUCUCUUCUGCAGUCUGGAUGUGUGGUACUUCCUGCGGGUGGCUGUGGUGGUGGUCCGGGCCUGGUUUCAACCUCCGGUCUGGGACGUCACGGCAGAGCAGCUCCUAACAGGCCGGGUCACUCCACAUGACAUCGACAUGUGCCACAUGAACAAUGCUCGCUACCUGCGGGAGUGUGACUUCGCCCGCUUCUCCCUCUACACGCGUAAUGGUGUGUUCAAGGCGCUGCGAGCCCUCGGCGCUUCCAUCGUCAUGGGGGCCACCACCAUCCGGUACCGCAGGCCUUUGUGCAUAGGAGAGGGUUACGAGCUGCGAAGUCGGAUUGUCACGUGGGAUGAUAAAGCCUUUUUUCUGGAGCAGAGGUUUGUUUCGACGAAAGACGGGUUGGUGUGUGCUGUUAUGUACUGCAAGCAGAGCAUCAUACGCAGCAGCCCAGACAAGAUCAUGCAGCAUUUGUGUAAAAGGAAGGUGGAGUGCCCCGAGUUUCCAGAGGAUCUUCAACACUGGGUCAACUUCAUCUCAGCCAGCAGCCAGGCCCUUCGAGCUGAGAGUGGGCUGGAGGAGAAGAACAAAUAAGGGACUGUACAAGCAUACUGCUAGUACUUGCUUUGUAAAAACAGACAGAUUGUGAGUCCAAGAAUCAAGAUCUUGGGACUGAGACAUUUACUUUCUUUUUACAACUACUUGAGCAAUACACUGUUGUGCCUACUCUUUGCACUAAAGGUACAAUUUGUACAACUAAGCUGUUCUUGGACCCCAAUGUUUACAAAUAUGGACUGUGAGAAUUACUAUGCAUUGUAUUGUUUUCAGAGGUAGAAAAUGUUGUUAAAUAAGUUUUCUCAUAUAAUUGAAAAGUGUGGACUAACUGAAUUUUUUCCUCUUUAAACAAUAAUAAAAAAUAAAAAAUC